AUGUGGACGCUGCCAUGGUUCCGAGGGCUGCAGAUCUAUUUGAUCCUUGUCCACCAUCUCGGAACGGCAGAGUUCUGGAGGCCGAAUUCAUGCAAGCAGGACCUCGCUAUGUGUCCGCAGUGGACUCUCUUCGAAAAGUGCGAGCACAAACGGGCGGCAUCCAACUAUACCGAGGUGCCAGUGGAGUGCGUGCCAGAGCUCGUCCAGCGAACCAUCGCGCCCACGGGGACAAUACUGCAGUACCCCAACUUGGUGACUAUACCUGUCAAGGAGAUGGAACAGGUGACGGCCAACGUGACGGGGACGCCCUCUGUCGCCGUUUGCGUAGAGGGCGUUUUCCAGCGGACGACCCAGCUCCAGCUGGCACGAAUGGCUUCUGCUUUGAGGAGCUUGGGCAAAGAGUACCAGGUCGUGUCGGUCAUGUCGGGUGUUGCCGCAGAGGAGGGCCAGGAGGACGGGCACCUUUGCAAGCUGGCCAUGAGGAGACUGCGGUGGGCUUUCGGUCUGAAGAUGAGGUCACUGCUCUGUGUGGUAGACCCAACCGAUCGAGACAGACAGUUCAAGUUGAAGUUUCUGCGAUCCCUACCGAACUCGGCGAACCGGAGCUGGUGGAAAGAGAACUUCAAUCACCUCUGGACACAUCGAUUCGCAGAUGGUGUCACCAUGGCAGGCCACGUCCAGAGUUGGACCAUGAAGCAAAUGUGUCUCCAAGAGGUCGUGAAGCUGGAGAGAAGGCUGCCAGCACCCGUGGACUGGGUGAUCUACUUGCGCUCGGACUUAGAUUUUUUGGCUCCGCAUCCCCCUCUCACGCCUAUGGCUGCGAUGGGCCCUGGUCGUGUUUGGAUUCCAGACGUCAUGGAUUGGGGCGGUCUGAACGAUCGAUGGGCAGUCAUGUCGCGCGACGUGGCACCCGUCUACCUGGGCCGUAUUCGGGAUCUGAUCGACGGGAACAUACUUCCGGCCAUCCAGCGCGAUUUUGCAGUCACGAAUAGCUCACAACUGUUGAAUGCCGAACAUGCUAUCAAUGCGGAGCGCAUGCUGCGGAUGUCUCUGCACUAUCACGGGAUUUGGCCGAAGAGAGUGCACCGCUUUCUCGGAACGGCAGCACUGCACUGCACCGCAACGACAAAGAAGUUUUUGUGCUCCGAACGGAUAUUCACUGCGCUCGGCCCAUCGGGUUGGCGGGACUCGUCUGAGUUCAGUGAUGCUUACGCUGCUGCCAGCCGCUUACAACGUGGCUGGUCGUGGGCAUUGACGUCUCCGCGUGUCAGCCCGGCACUUUGUGGAAGGAGCCGCUGUUGCACAGAGCGAGCCGGGCUCGGCUCACCAGAUUGCGGCAGCAGUGUUUGGAGCUAUUCUCAUUGCUGCCAUCAAAACUUGAUGCUGUCCAUUCGGGAUACCAGCGACAUCCGAGAACUUCCCGACUGCUGGAAUACCUUCUCGUAUGGUUUCGCAGAUGCGAUAGGGAGGAAUUUGACCACGUGCUUGACAGAUGAGAUGCAAGCUUGGUGUUAA